AUGGCGAAGGUGAAGAUGAAUGCGCUUUCGACCUGCCGUUCCGCGCCGGAAGUGAGCUUUAAAGCUCGCUACAAGGAAAGGGACGCUGAUGAGGCGGCGCCGGGGCCUGGGAAGUAUGGUGUUCCCAGUUGUGACGUCAAGUACCGAAGGACACUGGAUGUGUCGUUUGGAGCCUCAUCCAGGCUGAUGAACAAGAAGUGGAGUGGUGGUGCACCUGGGCCUGGGGCCUAUACCCCCUUCAUGCCCAACCAGUCGGGUCGCACGUGUAGCUUUGGCACUGGGCCACGCUUACCCAAGGCGAAGGAAACCGAUGGGCCUCCGCCUGGGAACUACCCCUUGCGGAGCAGCCUGAACACAAAGGCAGUUUACUUCGCAGGGAAACCAGAAGGAAAGGAGGGCACUGGCAAGAGUCCCGACCCGGGCGCCUACAAGCUGAACAUGACCCAGGUCUACAAGACCCAGCCUGUGCCGUUCUUUGGUUCAGAAUCCAGGGAAAAGGCGCUAAUGAAGCCAUCCAAUGGUGCGCCAGGGCCAGGGCACUACCCGCUGAUGAAGGAACUUGGUGGCAAUGUCACCACCCGAAUCAGUCCCUCAUUCUCCUUUCAGGGUCGGCGGAAGCCGCCGAGGUCGGACAAGGAUACGGCUCCUGG